CGGGCAUUGCUAAUCUUCCCCCCACCAAAAAUCAUCACCUGUCCGGGUCAGUCUUCUGGUGACGAGCCUUAUCGACUUCAUAGGCUGGUUCUUCUCUGUUUUACUCAGAACCAUCCCCAAAAGCACAGGAGGAUGAGUAACAAAGAUCAAGCAAUGAGAGACAGACACAUCCACACGAGGACUGGGAUAGGGAGGGGAAAGAGGAGCCUCCGCCUCCACGCUCCAUGGCCUUAGGCGGGUGGUCACCUAGCUGGGCGCCGCCCCAGAGAAAAGCCCCGCGAGGCCGCGGCCAGCCACCUCCACUAGCCCCUCGAUCUGCUGCAAAGCUGCAGCCCGGGUAGUAGCCACGUUCAGGAGGCUCGGAGCUGCUUUGCGACAGGAGGCCCGGGAGGAGGAGAGAGAAGGGAAGGGGAGGAGGAAGCGGAGCUGCUCGGGAGGGGCGGGGGAGGAGCGGCUGGCUGCCGGAGCGGCGGCGACGGCGCAGUCCGGGGAGCUGGGCGGACGGUCGGGUGUCCCGCGGCGGCGGCGGCGGCGGCUGGGGCAGCACGCAGCUGUAGGCGGCGGGGUGACUGGCGUUUCGCGUGUGACGGUGCGACUGAGCGCGUGUACCCGGUGCCCAGCACCAUGCCCGUACUCUGGCCGGUCUUUCCCCGGAUGUUGCCGCCGCCACCGCAGCUGCUGCUGCUGCUGCUGCUGAGCGGAGGCAGCGGCUGGGGCUUCGCGUCCUGGGCCCGGGCGGAGGAGACUGGGGAGUCCCUGGCCGCCGAGGGAGCCGACGGAGAGGACCCACAUGCCAAGCAUCUGUACACGGGAGACAUGUUCACCCACGGCAUCCAGAGCGCCGCGCACUUCGUCAUGUUCUUCGCUCCUUGGUGUGGACACUGCCAGCGGCUGCAGCCAACUUGGAAUGACCUGGGAGAUAAAUAUAAUAGCAUGGAAGAUGCGAAGGUCUAUGUUGCAAAGGUGGAUUGCACAGCAGAUACUGAAGUAUGCUCAUCCCAGGGUGUUAGAGGGUAUCCCACCUUAAAGUUUUUCAAACCAGGCCAUGAAGCUGUGAAAUACCAGGGUCCCAGGGACUUCCAGACCUUGGAAAACUGGAUGCUACAGACACUAAAUGAAGAGCCAGCUAAACCAGAGCCUGAACCAGAAUUGCCAACAGCCCCAGAAUUCAAACAGGGACUGUAUGAGCUCUCGGCAGCCAACUUCAAACAACAUGUCUCAGAAGGCAACCACUUUAUCAAAUUCUUUGCCCCAUGGUGUGGCCAUUGUAAGGCUUUGGCUCCAACCUGGGAACAGCUGGCUUCAAGUCUUGAACAUUCUGAAGCUGUCAAGAUUGGUAAGGUUGACUGUACACAGCAUUAUGAGCUCUGCUCUGGAAAUCAAGUACGCGGCUAUCCCACACUUCUCUGGUUUAGGAACGGUGAAAAGAUCGACCAGUACAAAGGAAAGAGGGAUUUGGAUUCUCUAAAAGAGUAUGUGGAAGUACAGCUACGGAGUGUUGUAGGGGAAGCCUCAGAAACCAUUGAAGCUGCUGAAGCCCCAGAACUUGCUGCAGAACCUGAGAGUGCUGUGCUCUCUCUCUCCGAAAAGGACUUUGAUGACACAAUUGCAGAAGGAAUAACUUUUGUCAAGUUUUAUGCUCCAUGGUGUGGUCACUGUAAGAAUCUGGCUCCCACAUGGGAAAGCCUCUCCAAAAAGGAAUUCCCUGGCUUGACAGGGGUGAAGAUAGCAAAAGUAGAUUGUACUGUUGAGCGAGCUAUUUGCAGCAAAUACUCGGUACGAGGCUACCCGACAUUGCUGUUCUUCCGAGCAGGGGAAAAAGUCACUGAACAUAAUGGAGCUAGAGACCUUGAAACAUUACACAACUUUGUUUUGCGACAGGCAAAAGAUGAACUGUAGAAUCUCACACAUGGGAGUCAUUUUCCUGACUAUUCUCCUAUGCCCAACCUGUAGGAGUUAAUCCAUGCUAAUGUUACCGAGUCUCAAAUGGUGGUUUUUUUGAAAACUGAAUGUACUAAAUUUGUGAUAUCUUCUGUGUGUGCGUAUUUUUUAAGCCAACACACUGUACUGAUUCUUUAUUAGGUUUGUUUGGGUAAAUAACAAAUAGUCACUGUGCAAACUGAAUAUUUUCAGUGGCAGUAGAGCAAUAACUGCCCUUUGACCUUCCUUUGUUGAAAUCAAAUGGUUUCCUUUAAAAUAUAAAUAGAGAUGAGGAAAAUGAAAUUAAGGGAAUUGGCAGACUAUUUUUGGCUUUAGGAUGAUCUGCAGUUGCCAAAGUAUAGUAUGUGAAUUGCCCAUAGUUGCUAGAAAGGUGGGAACCCAUAGAACUCCUGUUGUUGCCUUUUAAAGUAAAACUGCCACUUAUUAAUAAGACUUUUGGUAAAUUGCUUGGAAAAGAAUUUAAAGAUCAAAUUCCUCCCUUUGGAGGAUCCACCACAUGGGAUUCUCAUUUCUGUUUCUGUUUCAUCAUGGGAGGUUAGCCAAAAUGAAAGUGAUGGUACUUUUAACCUGUGCCUGAGUAAGAUUAUGUGAUGCCAUAAUUGUAUGUGUGUAUGUCUCUCUACAUGUCAGGUGAAUUGUUACUCGAAAUUCUCAUUUGCUCCUCAUGGGGCAAAUUACACUGCUUCAUUUCUCUUUACUUGAAGCUGGAGUAUUCUCAAACUUUAAAGUUUGUUUAUUCUACUCGUAGAGGAGUAGGAGAGGUAUCAAAGAGCCUUUUAAAAAGUAUCUGCAAAGCUCUCUUCAAACUUGGAAAAGGGCUAUUUUAGGAAACUUUGAAAGUAGCCCUUAUUAUCUUCUAUUAAUAAAUUUUUUUAACUCCUUAAUAAAGAUUCAGAUUAUACUCUUCACUUGAAAAAAAAAAUAAGAAGUAGGGUGGCCUUUUGUUUGAUCAUUCAUCUAGGUGUGGUCAUUCAGGUGAGGGGGAAAAAGGACAUGAAAUACUGUUAAAGUGUUUUAAAUGCAGAACUGUAACUAGGAUAAGCUGACUGGGGCUUUGCCACAGGGCACUGAAAUUUAAUGGGCACAAAAAUUAAUAUGUCUACUUAAGGUAGAUGCUGCUGUAAAAAUUGCUUCCUCCUGCUCAAUUAAAUUCACUUAAUUAUAUGUAUUAUUUUUCAUGUGAAUUCACAAAGUUGAUUUGAGGGCUCAUUUUGUACUUUGUUUUAGAUAUACAUUUUGUGGUCCUUGCCCUGUUGGCCAAAAAUUGCUAGUUAUGGCUCUGUCUAAAUGUAACCUCUCCAAAAAUUUCCUUAAAAUGUAAGUGAUCCUUUAAGAGAUUUAAUUGGAAUAUGAAUAUUUUGUACUGCCUUGAAAGAUAAUUCUAUGGUGUUCAAGUGUGCUUUUCUCUGCCCUUCCCCCAAACCCCUUGUGACCAGAACCAAAGAAUUAAUUAGUGGUAUGUGUAAAAUCUUUCUGGAAAUAAGCAGCUCCAUAGCUAAAUUCAUUGAAGUUGUUUCUCUUGUGUUAUUCACCAUGAAAUUAAUUACAUUUUGAGUAGCCACCUUGUUUCCAGUCCCCUUCCAAAAAUUCUUCCCCUUCAUCCUAACUUUCCCCCCAUUUCCCGCUUUUUUCCUUUCUUGGUUCCAACCCAAGCUAUCUCAUUUAGCACAAAGUAACAGGUGGCAAGAAGUCUUACCCAUUUUUACAUAUAUGUAUAUAUAUAUACACAUAUAUGUAUAUACACACAUACAUACACAGAUAUGUAUCUGUAUAUAUACAGUUGUAUAUAUAUAUUUUUUUCUGGUACUUUAAAGCAGAGAAUUAACUAGACCAUCUUACCAUCUCUGCUUUGAAGGAAGUCUUUAUUAAACACACAUGAUUGGUUCACAAAUGGUUUUUAAAAACUGUCUAAGAGAAGCACAAUCCUCAUGAAUGGCUGGAGCUUUGCAUCAUGAGUAUCUUGUAUUAAAAAAAAUCAAAGUGGUACAAUUUUGUUUACACGGAAACUUUCUAAAUAAAAUCUUUUUUUUAAAA